UAUAAUUCCCCGAGAAUUCCAAAAACCCUAGUACCAAAUAUGAGACGUCACCUACUCCAUCACUCCCAUCUUCUCGUCAGCCGCCUCCGCCCUCCGCCUCCCCGGACAACCUUCACCUCCUCGGCACAAGUCCCUUCCCUCAAUGCCUUCCUCCGCCCUUUCUCCUCUUCAUCCGACUCCGAGGUCGCUACUCCUCCCGUGCCAGCUGCCUCCGUGGCUGAAGCCCUCAAGGGCGAUCCCCUGGUCGAGGACGUCAGCAACAAAGAGCUGAAGCGCCGGCUCGAGUUAUACUAUAAGGACGAUAGCGAGGAGGCUCUGCAGUCGGUUAUGGAGGCAAUCUUGAAGCGUCGGCUGUCAAGGAAGCAUGAGGAAACUGAUGACGAGCUAAUUGAAGAGCUACGGAUGACCCCGCUCACGGAUGUGAAGGAUCAGGAGUUUGAAUCUGAUUUCGAAGAUAUGCACACCACGGAUGAGGAAAUCGACAAUCUUUACAAUGCCAGGGAGCAUGUGGAGAAAAAGCUGAUGAAAAAUAAGCACUUCAAUGUGAAUGACCAGAAGUGGGAUGACUUUGUCCGGGAUGCCACUGAGAAGGGAUUCCUGAAGGACACCAAAGAGUGCGAGGAUAUCCUGGAAGAUAUGGUUGACUACAGCAAGCUCCUUCCAGAUGAGGUAAAACAAAAGGUUGAGGCAAAGUUCAAUGAGUUGGGUGAAAUGUGUGAAAGAGGAGAACUGGAAACUAAAGAGGCCUAUGAUCUGUUUAAAGAGUUUGAGGAUAAGAUAGUUGCGGAAUGUAUGGAGAAAAUGGAAGAAGAACCCCCUGAAGAAGAUAAGAAAGUAAAAUCAGAUGACCCACCUGGUGAAGGACCUAUUUUAAGAUGGCAGUCUCGUGUUGUAUUCGGUCCUGGUGGUGAUGCAUGGCAUCCAAAAAAUAGAAAAGUGAAACUUUCAGUGACUGUUAAAGAGCUGGGGCUUUCACGGUAUGCUUUUCGCAGAUUGUGUGAAGUAGUUGGAAAAAGGUAUCAUUCGGGUAAAGACGAGCUAACAAUUACUAGUGAAAGGUUUGAACACCGAGAAGAGAACAGGAAAGAUUGCCUUCGGACACUGCUAGCGUUGAUAGAAGAUGCAGAGACAGCGGAUGAGUUGGUAGAAAAGGCUCGGCAUGCUUACGCCAAGGAUAGACUGAAAGCCAAUCCUCACUUUAUUCAGAGGUUGAAAGCCAAGACUGCAAAAUUACAAUUAGCUGCACCUGCAUAAAAUGGAUGAUGUUCUCAUAUAUAUCCUUAUCUUUCACCUGAAAUUUGGUUCUUUCUGCUCUAUUCCAAACUGUUCAGCAGUUCAAAUUCUCAGAUACUCAUGUUUCCCUUGAAAGAGAAAUUUUGUCUCGUUAAAUAAAUUAUGGUAUGUUUCUGUA